AAAAACAAUUGGUCGAAGUGCUCUGGUUUUGAAACUAUUUUUAAAACUACUCGGUAGCGGCUUUUGAAACGGCGCUAUCAGAGAAGCGUCAGUUCGACUAACACUAUUGAUUGGCUUGCGUGGCAAUAAUGUCCACACAAGCAAUUAGCGCUUUCUCAGAUAGCGCUAGGGCUUUAUAUAUGCUCUUUCAAAAGACGCUUCGUUACUUCUCUCAUCUUUCCUCUGCGUUAGGGCUUGGCAAUCUCAGCUCUCCUCCCUGCGAACUCACCGUCGCCGAAUCCGGCCUCUCUUAAUCACCCCUGACUAUGGACUUGGACGUUGACUUGCUGCAUAGUGCUGACCCAGGGCCCAUAGAUGGGUCGAUACUUGUUUUACAACAGCAGCACCGCUCCCAGAAAGUUUGGGAUGCUGAUCGCACACAGCCGGAUGAUUGUGAAAGCAUGAGAAUUCGUCGGGUCGAGUCACGGAUACGUAAGAGAAAACAGCCGUCACCCGCUAUCAUGGACUUGAUACACCGUGCCUGCUUAGAGGGACUUUGUUCAGUGCCUUUCUUGUCCUUGGAUUGGGCUCUGAUUACGGCUCUUGUUGAGCGAUGGCAUCUUGAGACGCACACUUUCCACAUGCGUCCAGGCGAGUUGACAAUCACUCUACAGGAUGUCGAGAUUUUGUUAGGCAUACCUGUCAACGGGCGACCAGCGACUGGCACUACAUUGAUCGAUCCUGAUGAUUUGUGCCUUCGUCUUUUGGGUGAAGCUCCUGGGGAACGUUAUAAGAAAGGGGGGAAGGUGAAGUUGAAAUGGUUACGUGAUAGGUUUAACGGCAUUACAAGAAUUUACGAGGUGCGAACUCCAUUGAAUCCAACAAGUCCAUACAAAGGAAACCACAGGCACACAGUAGAUUUCAAUGCACAGACAUGCACUUGCAACAAGAUGCAACAAUGGCGAAUGCCGUGCUCGCAUGUGAUUGCAGUGUGUAACAGAAUGGCCAUGGACCCUAGUCGAUUCUUUGGCGAUGUUUGGAGGCUUGCCUCAAACAUAGCCAUUUAUAGCUCUAAAACGUUUUUACCACUGCGUGACAAACCGCAUUGGCCUCCCUACGAAGGGCCACUAAUUUAUCCUAAUGAAGAACGUCUUAGGGGUCGAGGACGUCCACAAGUAAAUCGAUUUCGAAAUGAGAUGGAUAUGAUGGAUGAAUGGCUUGAGGGGCAACCAUCACAGAAACAGUCUUGUAGCUUGUGUGGUGGACAUGGGCAUAACAAGCGAAAAUGUUCAAAGAGGGGAGAAGCGUCAUCUUCAGCAGCAAAUAUAUAACUUGUAAUGUUUAAAACUAUGCAUCUGCUUAACUUUUCAAUUGCUAAAAUGGAUCUGUAACUUGUAAUUUUCAGUUUUUAUUUUAUUUCAUGGAAGUUGUUAAUGAAGUACUAUUGUUAGAACUAUGUAAUGCAAAGUUAUGAUGGUUAUUAAUUUUGUAGCGCUUGAGUGUUCGAUUGUUAAAUUGCCUAUUAAAAUAACAAAAUUAGUAUCACAUAAUUGAAGGGAAGUUAACAUUAUAAUGAGAAUAUAUGAAAUAAAUUUGAGAAACUAAACUAUAUUUAACAAGUGAUAAUUAGAAAUUUUAUUUUGAAUGCUGUACGAAUUUAUUAAGACUGAAAAAUACAAUAGGAAAUAAAGGCUAAAAAAAGUUAUAUGAAGAUGGUUGAAAAAGCUGAAUCAUAUGAGGCUCAAAAAGGCAUUUCAUGAAUGCUAAACGGUUUUGACCGAUCGAAAGAGGUAGCAUUAGUUGAGAUGACGCUACUUCAUUGAGUAGCGCUUGUUCAAAUAGCGCUACCGAUUGGCUAGCGCUAUUUAAAAUAGCGCUAGUCCAGUCCACCGUGGCAUCGGGACAACGCCACAUGGCAUAUAGCGCCAAUUGGAGUAGCGCUAGUUGGGUAGCGCCACUUGAAGUGACGCUACCGACUAGUUUUAAAAAUAGUUUGAAAAUCAGAGUAGUUCGACCAAUUGUUUAAAAAAAAGGAUUACUUUCAUAAAA